UCUCUGCACAGAGCACGGGACUCUUGCGCUUGUGUCCCUUGAACUCUUGCGCGAGCGCACUUUUGAUCCGCUUUUUCAAACUAUUUCUGCGCAAAGUCUAUGUACCCGAGACAGUUGUUUUAGCUAUGGCACUGAGACUUUCAUGGGUGAACUUGGAAAACUUUUGCUGACGCUCUAUUGGAGUUGGAACCGCCGUUUAGUAUAGUUGUGGAUUACUGAGACUCCGCCGAACACUGCGCGGGUGACCUUUGGCAUCUAUUUAUUGGGGGAUUCUGUUCUACGAAGCAAACUUCAGCUGAGGCCUUUGCCGUGAAGACCUUCGCCGACAUGGGGAGCAAAGCUUUGCCCGCGCCAAUCCCACUGCACCCGUCUCUCCAGCUGACUAACUACUCCUUCCUCCAGGCAGUCAACACGUUCCCCGCUGCUGUGGACCAGCUGCAGGGACUCUACGGCCUCAGCGCGGUACAGACCAUGCACAUGAACCACUGGACACUUGGCUAUCCACACAUGCAAGGACUGAGGUCGACUAUUACUGAAAUGGCCGCGGCCCAGGGCCUGGUAGACCCCAGGUUCCCCUUCCCAGCCUUACCCUUCGCUGCCGCUCACCUCUUCCACCCGAAGCAAGGGGCGCUUACGCACGUUCUCCCAUCACUGCACAAGGACAGGCCAAGGUUUGACUUUGCUAACCUUGCCAUCGCCGCCACCCAGGAGGACCCACCGAAAGCUGCUGAUCUUUCUAAGCUGACAGCGGGCCUCGGGGCCACGAUCUCUGAGCUGAACAAACUGUCCCCGGACAGAAAGCCCAGCAGGGGAAGGCUCCCGUCAAAGACGAAAAAGGAAUUUAUUUGUAAGUUCUGCGGCAGGCACUUCACCAAGUCCUACAACCUCCUAAUUCAUGAGAGGACCCAUACGGACGAACGGCCCUAUACCUGUGAUAUCUGUCACAAGGCCUUCAGAAGACAAGACCACUUGAGAGACCACAGAUACAUCCACUCUAAGGAAAAGCCGUUUAAAUGUCAAGAGUGUGGGAAGGGAUUUUGUCAGUCUCGAACUCUAGCAGUCCAUAAAACGUUACAUAUGCAGGAAUCUCCUCACAAAUGCCCCACAUGCGGAAGAACCUUUAAUCAAAGAAGUAACCUGAAAACUCACCUUCUUACCCAUACAGACAUCAAGCCCUACAGCUGUGACCGCUGCGGAAAGGUGUUUCGGCGCAACUGUGACUUGCGACGGCACAGUUUGACGCACACCCCUCAUCCGGACUACUAACCGAGCAGGAUGGACAACUAUGACAAACAAACAAUUUUUAAAAGGACAAACCUGCAUAUUCAACUCAACAACGUGUUUUUCUAUUCAACGGAGCAUCGCAUUGUGGACACAUAGGCCUACACGUACAAUGGACUGAUACCUCUCGAUUGAAAAAACAUGGAAUGUGCCAUCUUUCACCCCACCUGUAAAUAUCAACACCAUGUAAAUAAUGUUUUUUUUUCUUACUUUCAAUGAAAUGUUGUUUAAAAACAGACGUAAGUUUAAAAUAUGUUAAAUUGUAUUUUAGAAAUAAAGCAAGUUAAAUAUU